UUUGUGGAAAAAAUUAAAUACUAUGGGAAUUACAAAACAUGGUGGGAAAUUAUCGUUAGUGUUGAUCCUACAAACUGCUUUCUUCUUCUUCGGGAUAUAUAUUUUCACGCGGGGAUUUUUAUUGAAGCGUGUGGUUGUGCCACAAAACAGCAAAUGCAGUGAUGUCAUCUCGAAUUCUACCUUCUUCCAUGCACAUGAUGUUUUCCAAGAAUUUGGCUCUUGUUGGAGGACAGCUCGAUUUAAGAAGGCAGUUUUGAUCGUUAUCGACGCGCUGAGAUAUGAUUUCAUGUUGUAUAACGAGUCUUUGGAAACGAAGGAUGCUUUAAGUUUUCAAAACAAGCUGGAAAUAAUCAAUGAAGUUUUGAAAACGAGGUCUGGUCAUGGACGAAUAUUUAAGUUUGUGGCUGAUCCACCUACAACUACUAUGCAGAGAAUAAAAGGCCUCACAACUGGUAGCUUACCAACAUUCAUUGACGCUGGAAGUAAUUUCGCCAGUUCUGAGAUUCACGAGGAUAACAUCAUCACACAACUGAAAAGACGUGGAAAGAGAAUUGUCUUUAUGGGUGACGAUACCUGGAUGGGAUUGUUCCCAAAUCAUUUUGAUAGGCAUUACCCAUAUCCCUCAUUCAAUGUCAAAGAUCUCCACACAGUUGAUAAUGGAGUGAUAUCUCAUUUGAUUCCCGAGAUUCGGAAACCUGAUUGGGAUGUGAUCAUCGCUCAUUUUCUUGGGGUGGAUCACUGUGGUCAUAGGUAUGGACCAUAUCAUCCUGCCAUGGCCGAGAAGUUGACCCAGAUGGAUCAAGUCUUGAGUUCUGUGGUGAAUGAACUAGACAAUGAAACCAUACUGAUGGUAUUUGGUGAUCAUGGUAUGACAAAGUCUGGUGAUCAUGGUGGUGACAGUGAUGACGAAGUGCAUGCUGGUCUAUUUGUGUACAGUCCCAGCAAACUUUUCUCAGAUACACAGCGCGAGGAAGACCAAGUUGUUUCACAAAGUGAUUUCGUUCCGACGUUCUCCUUACUACUUGGGCAACCUAUUCCAUACUCGAAUCUCGGAAUUAUAGUGCCAAGCCUCUUCGAGAACUCAGGGUCAGAAAUCCUGCCGAAAAAUAUAUCGAUACUUCAUGCUCUUGAACUCAAUGUCCGACAGGUUGAUCGAUACGUAUCAGAAUACACCAAGCUAUCGAAUGAUAUCUCUUCGCAGGCCUUAGACGCCAUAAAACAAUCUGUAUUCAAGAAAGAAAUUGUUAUCGACGAAUUAAUGCAAAAUUUCCCAAAAUUUGGCGAUGAUAUUUCACAAGGGGAGAAAGCUGAUUAUCUUUCUUUUUUAAAACAGAUAAGAAAACUUUGUCGAGAGGUUUGGGCGAAAUUCGAUGUGCCUGCUAUUCAGACUGGAAUUUUUGCUAUGGCCGUAUCGUGUAUGGUGAGUCUGCUAUUGGUAUUUGUACCAGACUUGCUUUUAAAUGGUGAUCUCUCAAGAAAUCUUAACAAUUUUGGCAAAGCAGUUGCGUUGGUCAUCGUUCCGGGAAUGGUCCUCUUCCAAGGCUACGUUUCGCUAUUUUUCUUGCUAUUUCUUCUGUAUGGAAUCGCUGGUAUACUUUUUAAAAUGCACUCAAGAAUUUUUGCUUUUAAGAAAGAUUAUUUUGAUCACAUCAAGUUAAAGGAAUAUGCUACAGUAUUCGUGCUUUGUGCACAAUUCAUCAUUUUUUUUUCAAACAGUUAUGUUGUCAACGAAGACAAGAUUUUAGUAUUUUUCUUGCAAACAAUACUUCUGGUUCUAGUUGUAGAUAUUUUAACAAAUGCUGUUGCCGCUGUGAAGGUAUUGGAAAUUGAAAAUACUAAGGGAUACAGAAUUCAAAACAGAAAAGACAAGAAAAAACGAGGGGCAAUCUGGGCCGCUUUGGGGAAACAUAGACGGGAAUUAGCUUGUUUAUUUGCAUUAAUGGGUUCGUUUCGCUUGAGCUCGUUAUUUUCGCAUUGCCGUGAAGAACAGAAGGCUUGCGAGUUAGCGGAAUUCUUGAAAACAUCGUUUAACGACUCAAAACAAAAUGGCUACCAUGUCUGGUUAGCCUCGCUGUUUCUUUUGCUCAUACCAGCUUCCGUGAUAUUUCGACUUCGAACUGAUGGAAAUUUGAAUGGAUACUCGUGUUCCGUUCUCGCUGUCAAAUACGCAUUGCCAUUUGGCGCGCUUUUUGCGUGCGUUCAUUGGCUGCUUCAGUACGUUCCCGCGAGAAUGAUGGAUGAAAAUCCUGUCAUUGGAGUUUUUCAACAAAUCAUUACUCCGUGUAUUCUGUACAUUUGUUGCUUGGGCGUUCUGUGUUGUUUACUCUACCAACCAAUCACAGCUUUCGUUGUCCAAUCAAGUGAUUUGAAUAGUGAGCCUUCGAUAUCCACCAGGGAGCAGGCGAUGAGAAAUUCUGUGGUGCAGAUUUUUAGGCAACUAAGGUCCGAAAUGAGUGAACCAGACGAUGCUAAAGACAUACCCUAUGUCUAUGGUUUGGGGACUGUCUAUUCGUCGGCAGUAUUGAUUCUGUUGACUUGCUUCGCGUUACCUGUGGCCGUUGUUCUCGGUGACAGUCUGGGACCUAGUGUGACGCUCAUGUUGGCGCAGAUGUAUUUGUUCCUGGAGCUUAACAGAAUGAUGUCGUCACAAGAAGCAAAUUCUCAGUGUUCUUUAUUGGUUCCAGUGAUGACUUGGAUGACGAUGGCUUCUCACAAUUUCUAUUCCACCGGUCACCAGGCCACAUUUCCUGCAAUACGGUUUGAAGCAGCAUUUGUUGGUCUUCCUGGAGAUAUGAACAGCUUCUAUUUACCUGGGUUUUUGAUAUUGCUCAAUACAUUUGCAUCGGAUGUCUUAUUUACGAUCGCUUUGCCGUUGAUUAUUUUGUGGAGAAAGCAAUCCAUAAACAGUGAAACCAUCGACGACAACAAUCGCAGCCUCACUGGUGAGCUUAUUUACCACGAGAAUCCGACGACGUUACGUUCCGACAUGUUCCGAAGCUUUGUGUUGUAUCAAGUCUGUAAAGGAUUCAGGUUACUCGGAACAAUGUCGGCAGCGGCCGUACACCGUCGUCAUCUGAUGGUCUGGAAAAUUUUCGCGCCAAGAUUCAUCUUCGAGGGGGUAUCAUUUAUUGUGAUGUCAAUCUUUUUAAUCCUGAUGUUCGGGUUUGUAUUAAGAGUUGACCAAUCCUUUAAUUCCUGGUGCCUAGCGUUGCAGAGGCGCAGUGAUAGGUCAUUCAAGUCAUAGAUGCAAAAUGGAAACGAAAAGUAUUUCUUCAUAAAAUCACCAGCUUUGAAUUGUUCUGUGCUUUCUCUUUGAAGUUAGAACAGUUCUUGCCUACAUGCAGACAAGCUUAAGUUAAGCUCCAUCAGUGCAAACUAUUGCCUGAUUUUUAUCAAUUAGAAGAAAACUCAUUUUUUGUAUAUCUCAUACUGCUAACGACAAAGCACUUUAUCCCAUACAUAUAA